CCCGCGCUUUCUCUGCUCGGCUUCCGGGCUUUUUCCUAACCUACGGGGAAGGUGUUGGAUGUGACACCGCAAACUCAGAGUGGAGGGGGGUUGGGUGAGUGACACAACUAGCGAGCUGAGGUGACGGGGUGGAUGUCUGCAAGAAACUGCAGUGGGCCCUUGUGGGUGAGUGACACAACCGGGUUCGGGGAACAGAUGUGAGGGGGACGCCUCCGGCUAGCCGAAAACCCGAGACCGUUUGGAUGUAACACCGCCAGCACUCGGCCACGGAGUCGGAUGUGGGCGUGAGCCCGGAGGUUGAGAGGACGGGGACUGAUAUGUUUGUAACACUGAGCACGCGCCGAGGCGCCGGGGACUGAUGUGGUGGUGACACCUCCGAGCCGGGUGACGGGACGGAUGUGGGUGUGACUCUCCCCUUCCCCCCCGGCGGGCGUGCUCGUGGAGGGGACUGAGGAGGCCGGGACGCCGCCGGCGUGUGGGGGCGCGGAGGAGAGCCGGAGGUCGCGGAGAUGUGGGUGCCACUGCUGGACGCCCUGUGGGCGCUGCCGCUCGAGAAGCGCAUCUUCGGCGCGGUGCUGCUCUUCUCCUGGACCGUCUACCUGUGGGAGACCUUCCUGGCGCAGCGGCAGAGACGUGUCUACAGAACCACUACCCAUGUACCAAAAGAACUAGGACAAAUCAUGGAUUCUGAAACAUUUGAAAAAUCUCGACUCUAUCAGCUGGACAAAAGUACUUUCAGCUUUUGGUCAGGACUGUAUUCUGAAACUGAAGGCACUGUUAUUCUUCUUUUUGGAGGAAUUCCAUAUCUCUGGAAUCUUUCUGGAGUAUUUUGUAGACGUGCUGGAUUUGGGCCAGAGUAUGAGAUUACUCAGUCCUUGGUGUUCCUGUUUUUGGCCACACUCUUCAGUGCCCUCACUGGCUUGCCUUGGAGUCUUUACAAUACAUUUGUCAUAGAAGAAAAGCAUGGUUUCAAUCAACAGACCUUAGGGUUCUUCAUGAAAGAUGCUAUCAAGAAAUUUGUUGUGACUCAGUGUAUUUUACUGCCUGUUACUUCACUUCUGCUUUAUAUCAUUAAAAUUGGAGGUGACUACUUUUUCAUCUAUGCCUGGCUGUUCACAUUAGUUGUUUCUUUGGUGCUUGUCACUAUCUAUGCUGACUACAUCGCUCCUUUAUUUGAUAAAUUCAUUCCUUUGCCUGAGGGAACCCUCAAAGAAGAAAUUGAAGUAAUGGCAAAGAAUAUUGACUUUCCUCUGACUAAGGUUUAUGUUGUGGAAGGAUCCAAGCGUUCCUCCCACAGCAAUGCCUACUUCUACGGCUUCUUCAAGAACAAGCGAAUCGUUUUGUUUGACACGCUGCUGGAGGAGUACUCGGUGCUAAACAAAGAGCCCCCUGAGGAGGAUGAAGAGGCUGAAAGCCCGGAAACCAAGGCCAAAGUCAGAGUGAAAUAGAAACAAGGCUGUAAAAGAGAGGUUCUCGCUGUUCGGCAUGAAUUGGGACACUGGAAGUUGGGCCACACCAUCAAAAACAUCAUCAUCAGCCAGAUGAAUUCUUUCCUUUGUUUUUUCUUAUUUGCCAUAUUAAUUGGUCGAAAAGAACUCUUUGCUGCAUUUGGUUUUUAUGAUACUCAACCCACUCUGAUUGGACUAAUGAUCAUCUUCCAGUUUAUUUUUUCACCUUAUAAUGAGGUACUUUCUUUUUGUCUCACGGUACUGAGCCGAAGAUUUGAGUUCCAAGCAGAUGCAUUUGCCAAGAAGCUUGGGAAGGCUAAAGACUUAUACUCAGCCCUGAUCAAACUAAACAAAGACAACUUGGGAUUUCCUGUUUCUGACUGGUUAUUUUCAAUGUGGCAUUAUUCCCAUCCUCCACUACUAGAGCGACUUCAAGCUUUGCAGGAUUCAAAACAGGACUGAGAUGCCCAGGAUCUGUGCUUGAAGACAAGUUUCUGAAAGUUUCCAUCCUGGCAGCAUGUUCUAGCUCUUAAUGUUUUUACUUUCUUUUUUUAAGAGAAAAAUUAAGUGCAGGUGGAUGCCCUGAUUUAAAUGCACUUAAUAUCCCAUUUUAAAAUUGAUUGGAAAAUCAAUUUUUUGAAAAAGGAAAACACUGGAUGAGCUUUAAAAACAUUGUAUAUAAAGGUAUUUUUACUUUACUUUGGAUGAUAUAAUUUACCCCUGAUUUAUUUGAACAAGCAUAAAAAUAUUCAUUUUCAUACCUGUAAUUGAAUCUGCCCACUGAGUACUUUGGACACAUCUUUGGAGGAGGUAUCUUAUCCUCUGAAACCUUUCUACAAGGCUGAGAGCAUGGUCCCAAAUCAUUGUGCUCAUAUACAUUUGAAUAUUUAAAUAGUUAAAAUCGUCAUUGUUUGAUCUGACCAACCAAUCAGUGUUUUAAAUACUAAGGAAGGUACUUGUCAUUGUACCUGGCAUUAUUCUGGUGAAAUGUGGUUAUAAAUGUACUUUUGACUUCUACCCCUGUAUCCACGUUUAAGUGGGCAAUUCUGAGACUUUUUUUGUUCGUUGUUUUGUCGGGUUUUAUUCAUCAGGAUCUAUUUUACGCUAUAGAAAAAUCACAAUUAACAGAAGACUUCAUGUUAUUUAGGCAGAGCCAUGUAUUUCCUGUGUGACCACAUUAGGCAAAUCAAGAGUAUUUUUCAAAAUACUCUAGCUUUUUUGAAUUCGUAAUCCUUUUCUGUCCCUGACUUCAGCCAGGCCUACAACAAGGAAAGUUAUGUAUUCCUCUUUUUUGGCAGAAACAGCCAUCUUAUGUAGGCUUUCCUAUCUGUACAAGGGACAAAAUUUGGAGAGGGGUGGACAGAAUGGAAUCCCUCCAAGAUGACAGGCUUCUUUUCAUACUUAGGUGAAGCCCCCUGAAAUCAGAGUAAAAACUUACAGAAGUGUUGCCUGUGGUGAGAAAACCUUCUUUAUAUUGAUCCCUGCCCCCAGAAGGGACCAGUGCUACGAAUCAGGCCUAGUAUCCACUCAGACCAGUUGUAGUAGGUGUCAAUGGUCAAGCUAUUUUUCAUUUCAAAGCAACCCUCCACCCAGAGGUUCCUUUUGACAUUUUAAAAGAAAUGUGUAUGUGACUGCCUUAUAAUUAUGUACAAUGCCUGAGGAUGCCCUGAGUUUUUGUUUGGAAUCGUCCCCUUGCUACUGUGUCUGCUUUUGGGGGUAUUUGCUCCAAAUGGGAGCAGAACCAGCCCUCAGAUUUCUGUCAGUAAAACUGCACAGCUGAGGUUUGGGGUGACUUCUUCACAUGAAAAUAGGAUCAAAGUCAGUAUCUCUGUUGUAAUGCAUUAUUUAUUUCCUUAGGCAGAGUGGGCUGGUUCUACAGUUUAUUCCACCAGCCUCCCUUAUUAUCCCUUACCUCUUCCUUCUCAGUGAGAUGGCCCUCCCUUUUUCCUGUGCCUUUAAACUCACAUUUGAAUCCAGCACAAGUCAAGCAUUAAAAAUUUGCCAAUGGAAAGUUGUA